AUCACUUUCGGCUAAAGCUGUCUGCCACAGCGUCUCGAGGUUCGGCCUGUCCCCUUACACGCUCUCCACGCGCCAACAACUUUUCCGGGUUUUCGGAUGACUUUAAUCCAACGCGUAGAUUGAAUCUCAGAGAUCGUCCAUCCAACGGUGGAGAUCUGCUCACCUCGUUCUAUAAAUAGGUGCAUCCUGGAGAAAAACUGUUCACACCAAAGAAAAGAAUUUUUCCCCAGCCAUUCUCUCUCAAACUCUGCAGUCUUCCUCUCGAAACUCAAAUCCUUUCUUCAUCAAUUUCAAUCCUUCUCUUCUGAUCUUCUCUCCCAUUUGAAGAUUCGAUUUCAUCUUUCCUCUGAGAAUCUCAGAUCUCCAAUCACCAGUUCAACAACUCCAAUCCUUCUAACAAAAUCUCCCUCAAACACUAAACCAUGUAUUCCUCGAUAUUCACAUCCUCUCACCUCAUGACCCAAGAGCCACGAACUCUGCAACUAAUGGAGCUCCAAACCCCGCAACAAAUGGAACCACAACAACAGCAACCAACAGAGGAGGGAGGAAACACCCAAGCAGCUGGAAGUAGUGCCAACAUGGAUUUCUGGCGAAGCCGUACCAGAUGGAUUCCUACUCCAGAACAAAUAAGAAUCCUCAAGGAUCUUUACUACGUCAAGGGAUUUAAGUGCCCAUCUACAGAGCACAUUCACGAGAUCUGCCUCCAGCUGAACCAGUAUGGACAUGUUGAGGGUAAGAACAUUUACUUUUGGUUCCAGAACGUCAGGGCUCGAGAGAAGCAGAUGAAUAGGUGUAAUCAGGCUGCUCCAGUGCCCAUGGGAACUAGUUCUCUUGGUACUGGUGGAUCCAUCGAUCUCAAUUUUGGGUCCACUGGUUCUACUGGUGCUGGUGGAUCCAUCGACAUCAAUUUUGGGCCAGCUGGUGGAUCCAUCGACAUCAAUUUUGGGUCCACUAGUUCUACUGAUGAUGGUAGAUCCAUUGAUCUCAACUUUGGUUCCACCUAUUCUACUGGAGGACAAACAUCCCUACAACAACGAGGAGGAGAUCACCAGGAGGUUCAAACUCUUCCUCUGUUCCCCGUGCACAGCGAGGACGUCUUUGGUAACCUGAAGACUACUUCCGAGGAAGGUAGCGCAUUUGGUUACUAUUCUGGUGGCUCAGGCGGUUACCACAGUGGCUCAAACGUUUCUCUUGAGCUCAGCCUCAACCCAUCCGGAGCUGCUGACUAGGCUUAGUAUAGAAUAGUCCUCGUUUCCCUUUUUGUAAUAUAAAAUCAAUAAGAUUGUGUGCAUGUUUUCUUUUCUUUUUGUUUAACCAACAACAACACCAAGGAUCGAACCUUGGUCACUCAAUACUCUUUUCAAAAACCAUCGAGAACUCUGCUGCACACAUCUUUCAUAAUGAUGCAAUAAAAACAAUCACUCAAAACCUAGCAAUCAAUUAAGUCACACAGAGGU